AUGCAAUGCCUUGCCAGGGGGGCUUUCAUUGGGCGUCCCCCCUCUUCUCCCAGCGGAGAACGGGACAAGUCUGUCUCGUCCUCACUGGACAUGGAAAGGGAACCCGUGAUGAUGAUGGGGAUCCAAUGCUAUUUACAGUGGAAUUGCAAUGCUCCUGCCAGGACGAGCGUGUGGAUACCAUACCUUUGCCCCCAUUGGCGCUUCAGCCGAGGAAUCAAGUUGACGUCGGUGCACGGUCCACCGCAAAGAUGCCCGCGCAGCGGAGAAGGAGGAGGGGCUUCACAGCAUUUUUGGGCGCUUGGCCGAGCAGGAACGAGGUCAGGAGCAGACAAUCUGACCCGGGACGCGAGACGUUGCCUUCCUGUCGAAACCUUACCCCCAAAGUUUCUUACAUAA